AUGGCCAGAAGGCAACGGCCACCCGUCGACUCGUCGAAUAGAAUGCAGCAGUCAGCAGCACAACCAUGGGCCCCAAUUCCGUCCAAUUACGACGGAAUCGCCCAAAUCGCGCAGCCGCGGGAGCCGACGCCGGCACGCCAGCCUGGCGUACGGGUGGCCGAAACUAUCGCAGCGGGAACGAAUCGCCCGAAAUAUAACCAGCGCGUAAAAAGCCUUGUAGAGUCACGCGUAAGUUCGGGCAGUGGUAGUGAGUCCAGCGAUUCCGGUAGAAGUCGACGCUCCGAGCGAAGAGCAUUUGUGGUCGAGAAUAAUGGUGUCGACCAGCUCACGAUAACGCUUAGCAUAGAUCAGCUGAAGACAUUGAUCGAGCAGGGCACGACGGGCAAUGGAAUCGAGCGUAGAAGCCAUUCGAGCGGCAGCCGCGACAGUCGCGGGCACCGUAGGAGCGAGCGCGACCGCGCACGGCAAAGAAAAACCAAGCGAGACGAACGCGCGAACGAGCGCGAGGAGAGGCUGGAAGCGUUCAUAAAGGACACACCCGAAGUACGUGAGCGCGAGAGCCGUGCGAGGACCAAGAGAACGGCGGAUUCCGAGAAAUCCGGGAAGCCGGGGCAAGUGUCACCGGCCCGUCCGAACCGAGCCAUCAAGAAAAAGAAAUCGGGGGUCUCGCGGCGAGUGGACAGCCGCCCAGCUCAUGGCCCUCGCGCCCACGCACGCAUCCGCAAUCGGUCAAAUUCAAGCCCUCGCAGACCAGCGCAGCGCUCCCCCCGUAGAAACGUAAACGCGGUAGAGCAAGUCCGCUCGGACACGGAGUCCGAGUUCGAGCUCGACAGCGAGCCCGACGACGCGUCUGACCAUGGCUCAUUCGCCACGCUUAGCGAUGAAUCGAGUACCGAAUUCAGCUACAAAUCAGAAUCCGAAGUAGAUAUCGGAGCCGGUUAUAUCUCAGCAAGUGAAUCAGACGGCGACUCCGUUAGCAGGACGCCAGCAAUCGUUUUCGAGACGGCGAGCGAAUGGGAGGACGAUUACUUCCAACAAAGAGGCGUUAGACGUGCUAAUCCCGCCAAGAAUGAAAGGACGCGCAAAUACGGAUCGAAGCACGCAAGCUCGCCGGAAAAUGAGAUACGAAGUCGCGGCGAUAAGAGCUUACGGAACAGCGAUGAUAAAAGCUCGCGAAAUAGUCCGAAUAAAGACAAGGGUAGACGUAGUGGACGCGAGCCGAUCCGACGAGAGCCACCGCAGCGCGAGCCAUCGGAUGGCGAGAAACGACGCCCGCCGGACGAUGGAUCGAAUAAGAAACGUUACCGCGCGUCGGACGAUGAGUCGGGCAGUAGACAAAAUCGCCGAGAUGAAUCACCACCUCACGAGCCGCCCAUGGAACGAGUUCGUAGGGCCACGGCGGAGGAGGUCGACACUAGGAAGAAUCAGCAGCGCGAGUCAAACCCGGGAAAUUCGGGGGAGGCCCAAUCUCAAGAACAGAAACCGAAAGCUAGACCCCACUGCUGUUAUUGCGACAGGACGGGCCAUGCGGUGGAGAGCAAUCUGUUAGUCAAACACGCGGCCCAAAAACUGAUCGCAAACCCCGACAAGAAAAACGGCGGGGGGCCUGAUAAUAAAAAAUCGGGUGGCGGCAACAACGACAAUCCGAGUUCUGGUAAUAAACGCGGUAACGGAAAAUUCAAUAAAAAGAGAAAUCAGAAUCACCGUACUAAAAGUCGCUCGGACGAAUCAAACGAUAGGAACGAGGGAAACCUCGGCGGAGACCGCGGCAAUGAGCAAGCUGAGGAUUUAAACUAG